AUGUCCCCCGCUGGCAGCCGCCGGCCGCUGUGGUGGCUGCUGCUCACCUGCCUGAUGCCCGCACCCUCCCUGGGUCAGGAGUGCUCGGCGGAGAAAGUGGAGGAUACCAUCAUCGAUAUAAACUUAUCGCUGCCCAAAGGCAUCCGGGGCGCUGAGCCCGUGUACGCCCCGACCCCAGAAGCUUGCGUUCGCACUUGCUGCUCGGGGGAAAAGCUGGCAGGAGACAAGAAGUGUAAUUUGAUGAUCUUUGAUGGUCGAAGGACAAGCGCACAUCCAAACUGCUACCUGUUUUACUGCCCUAGCACAGAGGCUUGUCCAAUGAAACCCGCGACAGGAUUUAUGAGCUACAAGAUAAGUAGAGACACCCAUGCCUCAGAGGACACAUCCUUCAAAAGUGCGGACUUUUCUUCAAAUGAGUAUCCUUUGUCUUUGGAUGCUGGAGCCCCUAUUUCUCACAGCCAGAAUAGCCAUCAGAAUCUCACCGCUGCUUUGCAACAAUCUGUCUUUCCUCAGGCAUCUGAACUCCAGAACCACACGGGCGAGCAUUUAGACAACAGUGAAUUUAAUACAGUUCUUCCUGAAUCUCAAAAGGCAAAAUAUCCUGAGAGCUUAGACACCACCCCAAGGCAGAAAGUAAUUAACCUGCUGUCAAAUGCAUUGUCUGCUGUUCAAAUUGGAAACCCCUCUGCUUCGUUUCCCACCACUCAGUCUACUGUUCGUGAACCCAGCAGUACUACUCUUACUUCUCUGCCUACAAGUACCACCACAAUGGAAUCUACGACCUCUCUGCCUACUGGUGGUGCUAAACCUACUACUGUCACCACCACUACCGCCGCUACCACUUCCUCUCCACCUACUGCAACCACUAGAGCCAAACCUGGUAUCCCUGCCACCAGCAUCGCUGUUACUCAUGCUCCUCUUUCCAGUCUCACAACUUCUUCUUCUACUUCAACAACCAAGUGGGUGACCACGAACUCCAGAUCUACUACUGCCCUGUCAGAGAUGAGAACUCCAGCCAUCCCUCCUGAGCCAACAGUUGUCUCUUCCAAUGGUACCAGCCAUGUUACCCUCCUCUCUUUCUCAGGUUUCACUCUAUCUACUAGUGAUUCCCCCAUGGCUUCCCAAAACAACCCUCAGGGCUAUGACCCUUCUGAUUCAGAAAGCUACCUGCCAGAGAGUGCUCUGAGUGGGAAAAGCAUCAUUCAGCUGGGAGAAAAAAGCAGCCUUAUAGCAGCUUUGCUUUUUGGGGUGAUAUUCUUGUUGCUAGUUAUGGCACUGACAGGGAAGAAAUUACACGAAUCUCUUCAGAAGAGGCAUUAUACCAGGCUGGAUUACUUGAUCAAUGGAAUUUAUUCUGAUGUAUGA